GGGCGUGGACUAAGGCCGGGUCGCUCUGCGUGUAAGCGCAGAUGGGAUUCCACGAUGGCGGAGGCUGAAAGGAAAGAGAAGAUGCUGCAAGCCAUGAAGCGCUGUUUGUCUGAUUUUCCAACCGAAGCCCGGGAGUUGUGUUGGUCAGAAUCCGUGCCAUACCUUGGUAUUCUUCCGCCUCCCUUGGAUUUCUACCGGGAAUGGAUCUGCCCAAACAAACCAUGUAUAAUCCGAAAUGCUUUCCACCACUGGCCAGCUCUGAAGAAGUGGACCUUGGGUUACUUGAGGCGAAUAAUGGGCUCCAAGCUGGUGAGUGUGGCAGUAACCCCCAAUGGUUAUGCUGAUGCAGUUUAUCAGGACUGGUUUGUUAUGCCAGAGGAGCGCCAUAUGCCUUUCAGUGCUUUUUUGGACAUUUUGGAGAAAAAAAUAACUUCCCCAGGGGUGUUCUAUGUGCAAAAACAGUGUUCAAACCUGAUUGAGGAAUUUCCUGAACUUAUAGGUGAUGUGGAACCUGAGAUACCUUGGAUGAGUGAAGCACUGGGAAAGAAGCCUGAUGCUGUGAAUUUCUGGCUGGGAGAAUCUUCUGCAGUGACCUCAUUACACAAAGAUCAUUAUGAAAACUUGUACUGCGUGAUUUCUGGAGAGAAACAUUUUUUGUUGCAUCCGCCAAGUGACCGUCCCUUCAUCCCAUAUGAGUUAUAUCCACCAGCAACUUACCACGUCUCAGAAGAUGGGUCAUUUGAUAUUCUGGAAGAUAAAACGGCAGAGAAGGUACCCUGGAUCCCCUUAGAUCCUUUAAGUCCAGAUCUGAAACAAUACCCAGAAUAUGCUCAGGCAAAGCCUUUAAGAUGUACUGUGAAGUCUGGUGAAAUGUUGUAUCUUCCUUCUCUUUGGUUCCAUCAUGUUCAGCAAUCACAUGGCUGCAUAGCAGUGAAUUAUUGGUAUGAUAUGGCAUAUGAUCUAAAAUACUCCUAUUAUCAGCUGCUGGAUUCUCUCACAAAAGCUGCACAACCAAUGUUGGAUUCUUCUUGGAACAGCUGACCUUUUACAUCUGAUGUGGAAUUGUGCUUACAGUUUUUGUAUAUCUUUAUUCAUAUAAUUUAAAUAAAUAAUUGCAUAAUUGAUCUCAUAAAGACAAAAGGCAAUUUUUAUAUCAUAUGAAUGCAUUAUAGGAGAUGUUGGCCAAACUGUAUCUUACACAGCUGUUUUCCUAUUUUUAGUGAAAUACCGUAUUUUUCGUACUAUAAGGCGCACCUGCACCUGAUUAUAAGACACACCUAAAUUUAGAAGAGGAAAACAACAACAAAAAGUUUUUGGCCUAGCUUUUUCUGGCCCUUUUCCAGUCUUUUUUCGGCCUGUUUCUGGGCUUUUUUCGGCCCAUUUUUGAGGCUUUUGGGGGGUCUGUUUUUAAGGCUUUUUUUGGCCUGUUUUUGAUGAUUUUUUCAGCCAAAAAAACCUCAAAAGUGGGCUGAAAAAAGCCUCAAAAGUGGGCUGAAAAAAGCCUCAAAAAUGGGCUGAAAAAGUCUCAAAAACAGGCUGAAAAAAGAUCCAAAAAUGGUGUGCAGAGGCCAAAAAAAAUGGCUGGUGGGUGGGUGGGGCUUUGAUAAUAUUCGGUCUAUAAGAUGCACAGACAUUUUUGCCCCCUUUUGGGAGACAAAAAGUGUGUUUUGUAGUCCAAAACUACGGUACUUUGUCUCAUCACUGUCAGUUACCAAAUCAUAUUCUGAUUAACAAUAUUAUCUUUAAAAAAUUAAGCAGAUUUUCUAUCUCUAUUUCAAUGAGAUUUCAGGAUAAUGUUUGGAAAUGACACCAUCUAUUUCAUGUAAAAUGGAUUCCUGCAGAUAAACAGUGUUUUAAUGCCCUCAAUAUCAUUCAACAUCUGUCUGUCGGAUGAAAAAACAUGGAGUAGUGAUUAGUGCAUGGUAUCUGCUAGCUUUCUGUUUCAUCACCCAUUGGGCCUUCAGGCAAUAUGGUCAUCUCUGAGUUUGGGCCUGGUUCAAACAUUACACUAUGUCACACUGUUUGCACUGCAACCAUUGCAAUAUUUCUGGGUUUCUAGAAUAGAAGCUGCCUCUCAGAAUGAGGUGAAUGAACACGUACCCUCACCAGCAAGGAAAAGAAUACAUUGCAGGAUACUUACUUUUGUCCUAAUUUCUCUGGCAAUACAGAUAGUAUUCAGGAUACCAUCCAGGUUACCAAUAAUGGGAUUAAUGGGCUUCCAGAUAAACCAGUGAACAGCAUGAUGGCUACCAUGUGUCCUAACUACACAGACUGCCAGCUUUAUUUGUUUUUUCCCCCCAAAUAUUUUUAUUCAACAUUUUUAACCUUUAAAAUCACAGUUACACUAUUACAGGUUUCAGUUAUCGGAAUUUUUUCGUAACUUCAACUUAUUCUGGAUGGGGAGAAACAGGCUCAAGCUCAAUCCCUCCAAGACAGAGUGGCUGUGGAUGCCGGCAUCCCGGUACAGUCAGCUGCGUCCGCGGCUGACUGUUGGAGGCGAGUCAUUGGCCCCGAUGGAGAGGGUGCGCAACUUGGGCAUCCUCCUGGACGAACGGCUGUCUUUUGAAGAUCAUUUGACGGCCGUCUCCAGGAGAGCUUUUUACCAGGUUCGCCUGGUUCGCCAGUUGCGCCCCUUUCUAGACCGGGAUGCCCUAUGCACGGUCACUCACGCUCUCGUGACGUCUUGUCUGGAUUACUGCAAUGCUCUCUACAUGGGGCUCCCCUUGAAGGGCACCCAGAGGCUUCAGUUAGUUCAGAAUGCAGCUGCGCGGGUGAUAGAGGGAGCCCCUCGUGGCUCCCAUGUGAUACCUCUCCUGCGCAGACUGCACUGGCUGCCUGUGGCCUUCCGGGUGCGCUUCAAGGUUUUGGUAAGGAUCUUCAAAGCGCUCCAUGGCAUAGGGCCGGGCUAUUUACGGGACCGUCUGCUGCUACCGAAUACCUCUCACCGACCCGUGCGCUCUCACAGAGGGGGACUCCUCAGGGUGCCAUCGGCCAGGCAGUGCCGUCUGGCGACACCCAGGGGAAGGGCCUUCUCUGUGGGGGCUCCCACCCUCUGGAAUGAGCUUCCCCCAGGACUUCGUCAACUUCCUGACCUCUGAACCUUUCGCCGCGAGCUUAAAACACAUCUAUUCAUCUGCGCAGGACUGGACUAGAUUUUAAAUUUCAAUUGGUUUUAAUGGGUUUAUUAUGUAUACUGUCAUUUUUAAUUAUUUGGCUAUUUGGAAUAAGUUUUUUAAUUGAUGUUUUAUUUUGUAUUUAUAUGUACAUUUUUAUCUGCCUGUGAACCGCCCUGAGUCCCUAGGGAGAUAGGGCGGUAUAAAAAUACGAAAAAUAAAUAAAAUAAAUAAAUAAAUUCAUAAA